AGAUGGGAGGAACAGGCAUACUCGGCUCAGUCAGUGCAGCAGGGAGCCAGGCAGCAUAUUAUAGCACACAGCACAGACCAGACCUUGCAGCAGCUAGAACAGGGGGUCCUGCCUCCCGAUGAUGGAGACUCCAGGAUCCCAGUAGCAGCAGUACUACAGCAGCAGCAUAGUGCACGGGAGGAACAGGCACCCACACAGCUCAGUCAGUGCAGCAGGGAGCCAGGCAUGUUAUAGCACACAGCAGCCACUGCUCCAGAAUCCAGACCUUGCAGCGGCUAUAACAGGGGUUACUGCUGCCUGGCAAUAAUGGGAAUGCCAGGAUCCUAGCAGCACAGGAGGAUCUGCAGGAUGCCACACCUUCUGCUCCAGCAGCCUGUCACUCUGAAGGCUCUAUAGGCAAACCCUAUGGAUGAGUGACUGGGGAUCAUCAUCUCUGGGAGCUGCAGCGCCGUGCCGCCGGGAUCUGCAGGGUGAAGAGCGGUUCCCGGUGUUCUCUGGGAGGAAAGCAUCGCUGCCCUGUCCCUUCUUACCCCCUCUCUCCCCGCUGGAUGCUUAUCUCUCCUCCAACAAAUGUUCAGCUGCAGAAGUCCAGCACACGCAGAUCUCCCCCUGCACUGGCCUUCCCAUCUGCCCCCUGUAAGGUAUGUCAUCACGCAGAUUGCCAGCAAAUGAACCAGAAAAAUCCUCUGAAUUUGUGUGAGUCAUGUGACAUCAAGUUCCACAGCAUCAUGCACUUUGACCGACAUAUACGCUUUGACCUGCCCCCUCAAGGUUCCAUUCUGGCCCGUAACGUCUCGACUCGAUCAUGCCCUCCCCGAACCAGCCCCGCCUCUGAUGUUGAGGAAGAUGAAGAGGAGUUAAUGGAUGACAAGGGAGAGAAGAGGGCUGCGGGGCUGAAGAUUACGAAGAAGAAAACCAGGAGAAGGCACACAGAUGAUCCAAGUAAGGAAUGCUUCACGCUAAAGUUCGAUUUGAAUGUCGAUAUAGAGACUGAGAUCGUACCAGCAAUGAAGAAAAAAUCUCUGGGUGAGGUUUUGAUACCAGCUUUUGAGAGAAAAGGAAUAGAACUGAAUAAAGUGGACAUAUUUCUGGACCAGUCAAACACACCUCUGUCUCUCAACUUUGAGGCAUAUAGAUUUGGCGGCCACUAUCUGAAAGUUAAAGCUAAACCAGGGGAUGAGCUGAAAGUGGAACAGGCUGUGAAGGAUUUCAGAUCUCUAAGUUUGCCCAUCAUGAGGAACACUGGCGCAGCCUCAACUUAUAUUUUCUCCUCUCCAAAUGAUCGGCCUGACCAGCCACCAUUUAGGAGAGAGAGCUCUGACAUCUUGGCUCCGGGGAGAAGAAGAAAGAAUAUGACGGAAUUCCUCGGGGAUGCCAGUAUCCCGGUACAAGAUCCUAGCCAGAAUUCUAGUUCACUGCCCAAUAAUGGCAACGACACCUGGAAGAACCGAGCUGCCAGCCGCUUUAGUGGGUUCUUUGGAUCCGGCACUACCGGUCCAUUCGGAAAGGAAAUAGAUAAAAUGGAGCAGUUGGAAAGCAAACUGCACUCCUACAGCAUGUUCGGCCUUCCUAAGCUGCCCCAGCAGAUGUGUUUUGAUCAGGAUUCAUGGGAAGAGGAGGAAGAUGAUACAAAUCUCAGCCUUGAAGAUAGCUGGCAGGAAAUCAUUGAGGUUCCGGAGACGUUAACAAGACGACAGUGCCACCAGCAGGAGGCCAUUUGGGAGCUGAUACACACAGAAGCCACAUAUAUUAAGAAACUGAAGGUUAUAACAGAUCUGUUCCUGUGUUGCCUGCUGAAUCUCCAGGAGUCUGGACUAUUGUGUGAGGUGGAGCCGGAGAAAUUGUUCAGCAACGUUCAGGAGAUCAUUCAGCUUCAUCGGACACUCUGGGCCAGCAUCAUGGUUCCAGUCCUGGAGAAGACUAGGAAAAGCAGAAGCUUGCUAAAUCCCAUGGACUUUCAGAAAGGCUUCAAAAUGUUUGAAUCCCUUUUCAAGCCAUAUAUCCGAUAUUGUAUGGAAGAAGAAGGCUGUAUGGAAUAUAUGAGAAAUCUGCAUCGUGACAAUGACGUGUUUCGAGCGUACGUAACGUGGGCUGAGAAACACAAGCAAUGCAAUCGCCUGAAGCUGAGUGACAUGUUAGUGAAGCCACAUCAGCGCCUCACUAAGUACCCUCUGCUGCUAAAGUCAAUCCUAAAGAAGACGGACGACCCUCAAAUCAGAGAGUCAAUCAUCGUUAUGAUAAACUCAGUGGAACGUUUCAUCAAUCAUGUGAACUCACGCAUGCGCCAAAGGCAGGAGCAGCAGCGACUGGCGGCCAUAAUCAGCCGAAUUGACUCUUACGAAGCUGUGGAGAGCAGCACUGACGAAGUGGAUAAGAUACUGAAGGAAUUCUGCAGGUUGGACUUGACAGUGCCUAUGAUUGGGACGUCUCCAGAUGACACCCGACAGCUACUUCUGGAAGGAAGCCUGAAAAUGAAGGAAGGGAAAGACAGCAAGAUGGACGUUUACUGUUUCCUGUUCACGGAUCUCUUCCUCAUCACUAAGCCGGUGAAGAAAGCAGAAAGAACCAAAGUCAUCAGACAACCAUUACUGGUGGAUAAAAUUGUCUGCAAAGAACUUAAAGACACUGGCUCCUUCCUGAUAAUUUACCUGAAUGAGUUCAGAAGUGCGGUGGGGGCCUAUACAUUUCAGGCCAGCGGCCAGUCCUUGUGCAGAGGGUGGGUGGAAGCACUUUUCAAUGCACAGAACCUCUUGCAGAGGUUACGUCAGGAGCAUGGGGAAAACCAGCAGCAACCACCCAACCUUCCAGAAGAGGAGGAUGAGCUGGAAAGUGGCACCUCCACAGCCAGCUCGCCGACCAUUCUACGUAGGAACAGUGUUGACAUGCUGCAAAGCCAGUCACACAGCUCAACAGAAACCAUAUCUGUUGUGGUCAUUGAUGCUAGUGAAGACCUAUCUUCUCCUGACACUGAACAAGGACCCUUCAGCUCUCAGUCCGAUGAGACUUCAAUUAGCACUACGGCCUCGUCUGUAACGCCCACCAGAGACAUGUUUGAAAGCAUGGAGACCUCAGACACGAAUCCAGUGGUGGAUUCUAACUAUUUAAAACUGGAGCCAAAUGGAUUUAGAUCAUCGUCUAUUGACAGCGCUUAUGGGACACUCUCUCCGUCAUCACUGGAGGAGUUUGUGGAACGACAACAACAAGAAUUGGCAGAACACGAGAGGGAAUCUGUUAGUUCCCAACGCUCUUCUCCUAAGCUAAAAAGAAGGACACCUGUCCAACUCUUACCCUGCAAGUCUAAGGUCUUGAAAUCCAAGUCAGAAGCCAAUCUUCUUCACCUGAUCUCAACAGGACCUGCAAACCAAUCUAGUGAUGAAAUUCCCCUUUCUCAAAGUAAGAGUCUGUGCGAACUCUUUAUGUCUCCAAGACCGGAUCAUUUUUCGGACUCUGAUAGUAGUAGCAAUAACGGGGCUCGGCAUGUUGCCCAAAGGACUAGUUUGGUGGGACGUUCACUAAGAAAAGCAGAGGAGCAUUUGGUAAAACCAAGAUCUCGGUCGGACUGUGCCAGCCGAAAAGUGGUCAACUUGAGUAGCUGUAGUAGCAGUUCCUCCGACUUCUCAGACUCGGAAUCAAUACAGUUUUCCAAAGUUACUGACGGUGAUAAAUUAUCAGAUCCACUUUCAGACCAACUUGACUCUUUACCGGAAUUUGAGCUGGACUCCCCAUCACACGCAUACAGUAGUUCUUUCCCGGAACAGUACAUUGAGGAAAAUGGGAUAGAAAUGGACAAUUCUAGUGCUAAUGGCUGUGCCAGACGAACAAUGUCCGACCCGCCGUCGGCACAGCAUAGGAAACUUACCCUGGCUCAACUGUACCGACUUAGAACCACUUUACUUCUUAAUUCAACUCUGACAGCCUCGGAAGUUUAAUUACGAGGAUCGGGGGGAGCAAGCCGACUGCUAAGUGCAAGAAAGUGUAAAUAUUUUGUCACAAAACGCGUUAGUGGUGCAGGACACUUAAGGAUUAUGACAUGGCAGGUGCUGAAGAUUGUCACACCCGAAAAGAUUACGGGAACGCCUGAGUGCUUGCUUCUGAUGCCGGUGUACUGUUUGUAUGAAUUUGAAAAACUGGAUUAUUUCACAGACUCUUUUCAAAAUGUAUAGAUCACCCCAAGACUCUCAGAGAUGGAUCUUAUUUGCACUUUGCGCAAUAAAAAGAGUUUCCAACUAAAUCUCUUAAAAUUGAGAAGAGUUUUUGCAGAAAACAGAAAUGCCAUAAUAAGACGGGGACCAUCGGACAUGCACCUCACUGACAGAUGGCAAGUGUCAUGGGAAGCAGGGAUAUUUGUAUCAUCCUCAUGGCGAUGUAAUCAUAUAUCAAACCGGUUUAAGCUUCCAUCUUGGGACAUUGCUUUAAUAUUUUACAUAUUGACUCCUGCCACGAUAAAACCUCAGAUACUUUGUAUAUUAGCACAAUAUUAAUUAGCGUCAGAACAAUGUUUACUAAAUUGCCUGUCCGACUAUGGGAUAAUGCACCCCCUACUUUAAGCUAUAAGUCGCUGGUCACUGGGGGAUUGUAUGACUAUAUAAAAUGCCACGGCCCGAGUACUUUUAUGCAGGUCACAGAAGGGUGACUUCUAAUAUCUGUAUAGUAGAGGAGGAGAGGGGUUCAUUAUAGUACACAAGUUUUCCAAAUGGACACUGGGCCUUAUUUAUGUUUGCACACAAUGAUGUUCGCACUACUGAGCGAUUAUUGUCAGACUGUGCCACGAUCACACUGCGGACGCGCUAGGGUACCUUUGCAGUGCCGCUCGCGGUGAGAUUUUUAACGCAGAGUGAUUGACAGGAAGGGACUGUUUGGGGGAGGUAACGGGGAGUGGCGGAAAAAAUGCAGGCGUGUCAUGCCCGUUUUCGGGGCGACUAUCUGCCUUCAGCUGUGAUCAUGUAUGUAUGGUGCCAGUGUUGCUACUGCUGCGGACAGUCUAUGUGCCCAUAACCUCACUUUGGAGACGAUGUCCCUGUUAUUGCAUCAGUGCUUUGUGUGUGUAUGCGGUUUCUGAGGACUUUGUGAUGGCUUUGCUGGGUGUCUAUGGGGCUAAUUCAGCUUGGAUCACAUGAGCGAUCCUCAUCGCAGUUUCCUGAUUAUCGGGAAACUGCACAUGUGCAGAAUCCGGCUGCGCUUGUGCAGAACAUGUUCUGUGAUUGCAUCGCAGAAUAGCAGACGCCUCUGCCUGAUUGACAGGCCCCUGUUUUCCGGAAGCGGCGAGGCAAAGGACUGUAUCACGAGACACAGUUUCCUUUUCCUCUCAAUCCGCCCAACAAUGGCCAGCCGGAGUAAGCGAAGACUUACUCAGCUGGCAGUCUGCGGGGAACAUCGUUACCGGAUCCCAGGCUGCAUCGCGGUCGUAGCACUGGGAUUGCAAAUGCAACAAGUAGAUGUGUAACAUCUCCUACUAAAUUUGCAUUGCUAAGGAUCUGCCUGCGAGCAGCUUUACAAGUGCGAUUCAUGCUGAAUUAUCCUUCUUCGUUUGCGACGUGGAGAAUCGCAGCUGCGUAGGCAUGUGUGUACAAACCUGAAUAAGACCCUCUAGCAGCACUGCAGCUAUAAGCAGUGGUCAUUGGUAUGACUUGUGUAUUAUAUAAUGAGACUGGUGACUGCAUGCAUUCACUUGGUGCUGGCCUUCUUGGAAGUUUCCGUAUGUGAGCAAAGUCAGGUUCCUAAGUAGACACAAAUGCCUUCUGACUGGCAGAUUGCUUGUGCCACCAACAAUACCACAGCCGGAAGCGAAGGAGUGGCAUCCUGCCCGUUACUGCUAGGGAUGCAUUGCUAGAUGUGAUUAAGCAAGUGAAUCCUGUAAGGGAAACGUUUAUUUAAAAGAAUUUCUGGAAAAAGAAAAGAUGCACAGCGACAGUAUUAUUUUCCUGAGGGGUGACGAUUGCCAACGUUUCAUUUAUUUCUCCUUUGGAAAUAUUUGUUCGGCUAAGUUUCCUGCUACGUCAUGACAUUAUUUAAACAUUUGAAAGGGCACUUUAUCUGUAAAAUAUUUUUUAGAUAGCAUAUGCUACGUGCAGAUAUUAAUUAUUAAUCUGUACAUAUAAUAUUCCGUUAUUAGUCCAGCAUGUCUUAAUAACACACGUCUACAGUAUGUAGGUGCUUAUAAAGCAACAACAUUUUAUUUCGUUUUAAGUGUAUUUCUUACAAGUGCACCUGUCGCCUCCCCGCCAGAGAGCCGGUGGAUGAACCAAUGUCUGCGAUCUAUAGGCUGCGCACUGUAAGUGACCACCAUGCGUAAGGGGAGAUGUACACUUUAGGUAGAACGUUGGAAAACUAGCUUUUGGCUAAUAUGCCCUAGCAGGGUAUUUUUUUCUAUAUUUAUUUAGUAUGUAUAACUUUUUGUAACAUGGUAUUUUUGUAAAAAGAGAACUGAAUUCUUAAAAAUAAUUUGGAAAUAAAAAUGUAAAGGUAACAAAUGUUUGUAUAUGUCUUGGUGCUCACACUCCAUUAUAUCAUUUCAGAAAAACAUUGCAGAAUAUAUAUAUUGCCAGUUGGGAGAGGUGAAGUGACUGAGGGGUCUGUUUACUAAGCCUUGCGAGAGAUAAAGUGGAGAGAGAAAGGCGCCAGCCAAUCAGUUCAUGUCAGGGUCAGUGGUGCCGAGAGAGGGGAGGAGAGGGUACAAAUUACCAGGGCCCAUGUCUGAUGGAGGGGCCCAGUGGGGCCCCCGUGCUAACAACCCCUUAACUGGCAGCAGCAGCUGCAGCUCCUCUCCUGAGCCCACCACACGCUGAUGUGUGCUGACCUGGAGUGUGGCCAUGGUGGCGCUUAAAAUACUAUAUUUUUCUGUAUUUUUUUCUAAGGGUGCAUGACCAGGCCUCCUGUGAUUAGGCCACGCCCCCUGGAAAGUUCCUAGGCCCUGGUCAGGGUAGAGUUUCAUGAUGAAAAACAAGUAUUUUGGACACGUUUGGAUCCAGUGUCUGCAAAUAAAAAAAAUUCUGGAUUUUUUUUCUAUACACUAGUGGGAAAGUGUAGCCACGCCCACAUUAGUCCACGCCCCAACCCCAAGAACCCAGGCCCAGCUUUGCUCUCUACGGCCCUGGUUGCUCCCUACAGUUUUUUUAAAGGUGCAUUUCACAAAGGUCUGAGAAGAUUUUUAUGUGCGGUCUUCAGCUCCUCUUGACUCUGGAUAUAUUUAGUUAUAAAGUGGGGGGUUGAGAAAAAAAAUAUAUGGCCAAUCAGAAUGUUCACAGCGGCACAGAGUAUUUAUGGAUUAUGAAUGUGCUGAUCGUGGAAGGAGCAGUUCAGUCCCUUUGUUUAUUGAUGUCACAUUUUUAUUCCUAAAACCAUGCAAUACAAAGAGAACAGUACACAUCUGUAAGUGACACAUACAGAUGGAGCCACCUUUAUCUUGGCCUUUAAUAGGAUUAAUUGAGCCAGGGCAGUCAGACUUAAUCCCCUGCUGUAAUGACUCAAUCCCCUGCUGUAUUGUUCUCUGUAUUGUAUGGGUUUAUGCUAAUAAACCAUGGUGUGCCUAGGUGCAGCAGAGAAGCCAAGAUAAGCAUGGCUCCAUCUGUAGGUAAUAUGUGACAGCAAGUACAAUAGGUCACAUCUAACAUGCAGCACAGAAAAGAAUGAGAAAUAAGGAUAUGUAACGGUGCUUUCUAUUGUUUGAUUUGCUCAUUUUGUAGUAGGAAGAGUAGUGGGGACAACCUGAGGUUAUUUUACAUAUUGGCGCAUUAAAAAUAACGUGAAAACACAAAAUAGAAGUUCUGUACUAAGGAAGGACGCAAUGACGUUCAUUCUACAACUAUGACAAAAAAAUAAAUCCUGUUUUACCAUAUAAUUAUUAGCACCAUAUAAUAAAUGGAUUUGAAACAAUAGCUAUUAAAAUGAACAUUCUAAACCUUUCACAAGUUUUUAUGUCUACAUGAAGCAGCUGUUGGGUGGAUGGAAGGAUGGAUGGACCUUUACACUCUUUAUGACAGGGUGAUAUUAUAUAGCUUCCUGACCAGACCACAUGUCACAGUCAACCACAUUGGAUAUGUAUAAUCUAGCCAGUGAACGCAGCCAUUCUGUGGCAGGACUGUGUGCAUUAGUAGGCCUAUCAGUUCACUAAGAACCAAUUCAUUAUUUCAGGCAAGAAAUGGAUAUCCAGAAUGCUAUUUGUGUCACGUGCUAAUAUAAGAUCUAAACAAAAAAACAGUAUUGCAAAACGUGGGAAUAUUGCUUGUCUUAGAAUCCAUUGUUUCCUAAUUAUAAUGGGGGUCAUUCCGAGUUGUUCGCUCGUUAUUUUUUUCUCGCAACGGAGCGAAUAGUCACUAAUGCGCAUGCGCAAUGUCCGCAGUGCGACUGCGCCAAGUAAAUUUGCUAUGCAGUUAGGUAUUUUACUCACGGCAUUACGAGGUUUUUUCUUCGUUCUGGUGAUCGUAAUGUGAUUGACAGGAAGUGGGUGUUUCUGGGCGGAAACAGGCCGUUUUAUGGGAGUGUGUGAAAAAACGCUGCCGUUUCUGGGAAAAACGCGGGAGUGGCUGGAGAAACGGGGGAGUGUCUGGGAGAACGCUGGGAGUGUUUGUGACGUCAAACCAGGAACGAAACUGACUGAACUGAUCGCAGAUGCCGAGUAAGUCUGGAGCUACUCAGAAACUGCUAAGAAGUGUCUAUUCGCAAUUCUGCUAAUCUUUCGUUCGCAAUUUUGAUAAGCUAAGAUUCACUCCCAGUAGGCGGCGGUUUAGCGUGUGCAAAGCUGCUAAAAGCAGCUUGCGAGCGAACAACUCGGAAUGACCCCCAAUAUAUUUUCGAAUGUGAAGCUAAAAGUGGAUUAUAUUUCAUUGCUCUAUCGUCACAAUGUUCUUGUAGAAUUAUGCAGAAAGACUAUCCCUCAGAUUGCUCCAGGCAUGGCCAGAUUAGCAAUGGGGUAGAUGGAGGUACAGAGAUCCAGGCCUCCACAUAAAACUAGGCCCAUCAGUGCUUCCUAUUUACCUCACAAGAUGCAAUUUCUAUUGUGUUACAUAUUUGGGGGGGCAUUGGGGCUAACAGCCACACUGGUCACACCCACACAACACUGGUCACACUUCCUCUGCUUCUCAGUGUAGGCUCCUGAGCAUUUUCAGCCCCAGGCCCAAGUGGCUCUUAAUCUGACUCUGGCUCCAGGAAAGCAUUGUGCUCUGUGGGGCUGAUUUGGAUAGAUUCCAAUUUGCGUAGCAUGAAAUACACGUCAGCUUUGCGCACGCCCAUAAAAUAGCCAAAGACAUAUGCUCUUAUGCAUAUUUGAAUAAAUCUGACAAUUUAGGACCGCUUGAAUCUGAAAAGACGGGAUGGAGGAACGCUUUUGUGAAUUCCUCUGAAAAUACAAAAUAAAAACUCUAGAGCAAGCAUGGGGAAACGGGCCGUCUUGUGCAGUCAUAUCUUGAUAUACAGAUAAAGCGCAGAUGUUUUAGAUGAGCAGCAUAAGGGCUCUUGUCGCAUUUAAUAUGGCGCCAUGCUGCGCAGUGUAGAAGGUGCCCACAAAAAAAAAUGUUUGCCGAAGUUUUGCCUAUUUGUGUUACGUACUGUAGGAGUAUGCGUCGGACUAUGGCUGUGCCCAGAAAAUGCAAAAAUUAUUUUCUAAAUAAUAUUAUUAACACUGAGCAGUUUCUGAUGUAUUAUUUAAGGCCAGCACCACGUUGAAGCAUGUAUUAAUGACACCCGGUUGUGUUCAGCGACAUGACUUUUUUACUUACUUCCCUGUUGCCUAAAUAUACAAGCGUUUAACACCUUCUAUGCUGACAGUCCUACGAGGAAGAUACAGCUUUUCUUUGCAGGACAGUUGUGCAUGGGAGGAAUUUUCCUGGGGGGUUAUUUGUGUAUAAAAUUGUCAAUAUUUAUUAAGCUUCCUUGUUAUUUUAUAAGAUGAUUUGUGUAUAUUAUUUCAUUUUUGAAUACCGUACAUCUGCCACUUUAUAUUGUGUGUUUUUUAUACCUAACCAUAUGCAUUGUUGGUUGAACUAUUACAGUAUUUGAUUUAUUUUGCUCCUUUAAAGUCGUAUUCAGUAACAUAAUAGGAAAACAGCAGUUGUGAUGUACAGUAACAUAUAGCCAACAAUUCCAUACCGGCAUUCAUCCGUUACACGCCACAGACGUACAGUAUGCAACCUAUGUCUGUCCAGCUGUCGCGUAACUUCAGACACGUUCCAGAUCAGGUGCAGAUACAUAAGAUGCCAGCGUUCCAGUAAUAAAGGUCACUUCACCUGUGGGCUAUCUGCAGCUUGCUAUUAAAUAAGCCUGUUUUGUUUCUACAUACAGAAAUGUUACACUAUUAAUAGGAUUUGUACCUAAUACCAUGCAUUUCUGACGUUUCCUUUGCAAUAGAAUACAGGAUAAUAAAUGAACUGAAAUCAA